CAUAAGGCACCCAUCUAUGAUCACAUACAUUAUAUUUACACAAAAGUUCUGAAAUUAAAAAUGAUUGAUGAUAAGAUGCUUGCCUUUCCCACAUAAGAUUUGGAUAUAACGCAUAAAUCUUAUGUACCACCUUUAUUAUACUUUUAUGGUUCAUUUGCUUCCUUUUUGAAGCUUGAAAGUCCCUAUUCAUUGUAAUGGCAUUAGAAGUGACUAAUUUUAUUCUUUACAAUUUCAAAUGUUUGUUCCAAACAAGGAUCCAUACGGGUUUGGAAUAACACGAAGGAACUGUAACCAGGUGUCCUCUCACAGCUGGGACCUUUCUUGAGCACCAUUAGCAUCGAACAUCAUGUCAGAGCUGGAGGACUAUUCCCUUCCUCGGGGCCACCUUCAUCCGGACCCGGCUCGCAUCCAGCAGAACCUGCUUGAGGAGCAGGUGGAGCUCUGGUGGUUCAGCGAACCACGCAAAUCCUUAUUAUGCUACUGCACUUCAGUGGCCUUGAUCUUAGGCUGCGGCCUGGGCGGCGUAGGCCUCCUUUCCACUACCACCAGCCUUUCCAGCGAGUGGCGACUUGGCGCCGGAACUGUUCUUUGCCUUCUCGCUCUGGCCGUCCUUCUCAAGCAGUUGCUGAGUUCUGCUGUCCAGGACAUGAAUUGCGUGCGUAGCAGGCGUCGGAUCAACAUGCUAAAGAGCGGUGGUUUAUCUGACGUUCUCAUCGUGAUGAUCACGGGAAUCUCUCUGCUAAUAUGUGGAGCUGUCCUGCUGGAUGUGGCCCUUUCCUACCACAUGCCCAAACCUGGGAAGGCGCUGAAUGACAUGUAUAUAUCCGGGGUGGUGAUGCUGGUAGUUGGGAGUUUUACAGUGUUAGCGGUUGGGAUAUACGCCGUAGUGGUUUACCUCAUAGAGAGGUCAAGGCCAGGACAGAGGCGAUGGGAGAGGACAGUGGGGAUCUUCAGCAUUUCAGGCCAGAUGCAGGCAAGGAGAGAGACUGCUUCAAGCCUGGCUCGUCUGAUAUAACUGUGACUACUUAAUAAAUAUACCAUUCUUUUACUGAACAGGAGCUGAGAUGAAAAACCAGCACUCUCAAUUAAAUGAUACUUUGAACCCAUUAAACUAAAGCACAAAUCACAUGUGACAAUUAUAUUUUGAUUCACAUUUUGGCUCAAGUCAUUAAAGAUUUCAGGGUCUCAGGGUUUAAGCACAAAAAUGUAGCUUUUACAUGUGUCACUCCAAUAAAGUACAGUUAAAAGUACUGAAAAAGCACAAAAAUAAUCUAAAGUUUGACCUUUAAUUGAUUUUAGGUAAAACAUGCUGCUUUAUCUCCAACGCUUUUUGGACAACUACAAUAUGUGCAUGUCCUUGACUGCUUUAUUUAUGUGGGCAACUGUGAGCAUACCAAGUGGUUGUCCAUCAUGGGAUGUCUUUAGCUUUUCCGGAGUUCUGAUGUGUGGGCAAAGUGACUGACUGUGUCAGCUGAAUUCACAUGUGUGUGGAUUUAUAGUGCAGGCAAUGCUUUGGAUCAAAUAAAGGAUCAGAAUAUCAAUA